AUGGAGCCAGAUGGAUGCUUCCUCACCGGCAGCUCCCGGCGGCUCAACUGGAGCCGGCCCACCGCGCUCGCGCGCUCGACCUCGACCGCGUCGGCGUCGUCGCUCAAGACGCUGCGGCGGUACCUUUUGAAGCUGACGCCGAUCGAGGGCAAGGACCUCUUGCCGCACGUCAAGAACGCCUACUGCACGCUCGUGCUCCUCGAUAAGGACAUGCGCGAGAUCAAGGGCGAGAAGCGCCGGACGCCCGUGAGCAAGUCACCGUCGAACCACCCGAUGUGGAGUCCGCUCAAGAGCGCGGUCCUCCGCUCGAUGGAGAGCACAGUCGAGAGCCACCAGCCGGUCGGGAUUGGCGUCGCGGCCGCCGCCGAAGAGUACACGUUUGGCACGAACGUCAAUUUACGCAAGGCCAAGUACGUGCUCGUGAAAUGCAAGGAGAAGGGCCAGGUGCAGACCGAGGACCUCGGGCGGCUCCUCCUCGCGCUCGAUGACCUCGACACGGCCGGCAUCGAGCGCCACGCGUGGUACGACCUGCAGCUGCACGCAGGCAUGAAGCGCGUCCAGGGCCGUAUCCGCCUCGCCUGCCGCAUCGUGCGCGAGCCGUCGCGCAAGCAGCUCUGGCUCGCGGCCGAGCACAUGCGCCAAGAAAUCGUCGUCAAGGACCACUACCUCUAUCUGAAGCUGCACCCGCACUCGUUCAGCGGCAAGGCGGCGGUCGAGUGGCUGCUCUGCCACGGCCUCAACCGCCCAAUGCACGGCGGCAUCACGUGCAGCACGGAAGAAGAGGCGAUCCUCGUCGGCAUGUGCUUUCUGCGCGCCGGCAUCAUCCAGCCCGUCUCGGGUGCGGCGACGUUCCACAACAGCACGUGGAAGUACUACCGGUUCGGUGUCCACCACCUCGAUCCGCUUGUGCAGCAAGACAAGCAACACGAAUGCGACCUCUUCAUUUCCGACCAGCCGGUGGCCGAGGUCGAGUACGAAGAUGAAGAGCUCGCGGCCCUGCCGCUGCCAACGCCGCCGCCGACCUCGCGUCAAGCCGCCGCCAAAGGAGAAAAGUCGCUUUCGAUCGCCGACUUUGAGCUCAUCCGGCUCCUCGGCACGGGCACCUUUGGCCGCGUGGUCUCGGCCAAGCACAAGCGGGACGGCCGUCUCUAUGCGAUCAAGAUUGUCCACAAGUUUGGCAUGGACGACAACAUGAAGCGCAACCUCAAGAUCGAGCGCGACGUGCUCCGGGAAGUCCGGCAUCCCUUUGUCGCGUCGCUCCACUUUGCCUUUCAAAACGAAGACAAGUUGUACAUGGGCAUGGAGUACCUCAACGGCGGCGACUUGCGCUACCACUUGCAGCUGAGUCUGCGCGACACCAACGGGCUCAUGCCGCACCGCCGCGUGCAGCUGUACGCGGCCGAGCUCGUCGCCGCGCUCGCCCAUCUGCACUCGAUCAACAUCAUUUACCGCGAUCUCAAGCCGGAAAACAUCUUGGUGGCGUCCGACGGCCACCUCAAGCUCGUCGACUUUGGCCUCUCCAAGGUCCUCUCCACGUCGGCCGCCGACGGACGCAAGAGCAAGACGCUCGCGGGGUCGCCCGCGUACAUUGCGCCCGAAGUGCUCGCGGCCAGCACGCUCAAGGACGUGUCGUACUCGAGCGCGUGCGACUGGUGGAGUCUCGGCAUCGUCUUGUACGAGCUCUACGUCGGCAACACGCCGUUCGAGGACGAGAACCAAGCGAUCAUGUUCCGCAACAUUGCAGAGGGCGCCUUGUACGUGCCCGACGAGCUCGGCGCACCGACGGUGUCGCUCCUCGAAGGCCUCAUCUGCCGCGACGUGAGCACGCGGCUCGGCGCGACCGAGAGCAUCCCGUUCAGUAUCAUGCGCCACGCGUACUUCGAGGGCAUCGACUGGGACAAGCUCCAGGCGAAGGCGUAUGCGCCGCAGUGGACUCCGGACCGCGACGAAGUGUACGUCGACGACGAGUUCUCCACCGAGGUGCCGGUCGACACGCCCGAGUGGCGCAUGCUGGACGAGGUCGACCGCGAAGCCGAGCGCGUCGCCGACUUUACGUACCGCCCGACCGAAAUCAUGUUUGGACCCUAG